CCCUCUCACUGCACCGAGAGUUCAAGUCAGUUUGGUUAGUAGAUCACUUUGCUCUGCUCCCCGAGUGAAUGCUCGCUCGGGCUGUUGCCGCGUGGCGCUGGAGCCCCAGAACCAGCUUCUACCAAGAAAGGCUAGACUCCUGUGACUUCUACCCGGCACGAAGGACCCAAGGCUGGGCUCACCACUUGCUCUUUUCACUUCAGGCAUGGAAGAGGAGAUGGUUUGUGCUGCGAAGUGGCCGUUUGACUGGCGAUCCAGAUGUCUUGGAAUAUUACAAAAAUGAUCAUGCCAAGAAGCCUAUCCGUAUUAUUGAUUUAAAUUUAUGUCAGCAAGUUGAUGCUGGAUUGACAUUUAACAAAAAAGAGUUUGAAAACAGCUACAUUUUUGAUAUCAACACUAUCGACCGGAUUUUCUACUUGGUAGCAGACAGUGAAGAGGAGAUGAAUAAGUGGGUUCGUUGUAUUUGUGACAUCUGUGGGUUUAAUCCUACAGAAGAAGAUCCUGUGAAGCCACCUGGCAGCUCCUUACCAGCACCAGCUGAUUUACCAUUAGCGAUAAAUGCGGCACCACCGUCCACCCAGGUGGACGCCUCCUCUGCUGCUCCGCCUCCUCCCUACCAGCUAAUCAGCCUUCCACCACACCUGGAAACUCUUGGCAUCCAGGAGGAUCCUCAAGACUACCUCUUGCUAAUCAACUGUCAAAGCAAGAAGCCAGAACCCACCAGCCAAGGGUCAUCUUUUGUUUCUGAAGAAGGAGAGGAAUACCUACUGCUAGAAGAUUUUGAAAGCAAAACGAUUCCAUUGCAAAUGCACCCUGACGCUGCCAAACCCACCUCCUCGGAGACAGACUGCAAUGAUAACGUCCCUUCUCAUAAAAACCCCGCUUCCUCCCAGAGCAAACAUGGAGUGAACGGCUUUUUUCAGCAGCAGAUGAUGUACGACUCUCCACCGUCUCGAGCCCCGUCGGUUUCUGUAGACUCCAGCCUUUACAACCUGCCCAGGAGUUUCUCCCACGAUGUUCUGCCCAAGGCGUCUCCCUCGAGCACGGAAGCAGACGGAGAACUCUACGUAUUCAACACGCCAUCGGGGACCGCGAGCUUAGAGACCCAAAUGAGGCAUGUGUCCAUGAGUUAUGACAUUCCUCCCACGCCGGGUAAUACUUACCAGAUUCCGCGAACAUUUCCAGAAGGAACCUUGGGGCAGACGUCAAAGCUGGACACUAUUCCAGAUAUUCCUCCACCUCGGCCACCAAAGCCACACCCGGCUCACGACCGGUCUCCUGUGGAAACGUGUAGCGUCCCACGCGCGGCCUCGGACACUGACAGCAGUUACUGUAUCCCGACCGCGGGGGUGCCUCCGUCCCGUAGCAAUACCAUUUCCACCGUGGAUCUGAACAAACUGCGGAAAGAUGCUAGUUCUCAAGACUGCUAUGAUAUUCCACGAACACUUCCAAGUGAUAGAUCUAGUUCCCUCGAAGGCUUCCCUAACCCCUUUAAAAUCAAAAAUGUGUUGACAGUGGGAAGUAUAUCAAGUGAAGAACUGGAUGAAAAUUACGUCCCAAUGAAUCCCAACUCUCCGCCCCGGCAACAUUCCCGCAGUUUUACGGAACCAAUGCAGGAAGCAAAUUACGUGCCAAUGACUCCGGGGACCUUUGAUUUUUCUUCAUUUGGAAUGCAAGUUCCUCCUCCUGCACACAUGGGCUUCAGGUCCAGCCCCAAAACCCCUCCCAGAAGGCCAGUUCCUGUUGCAGACUGUGAACCACCCCCCGUGGAUCGGAACCUCAAGCCAGACAGAAAAGGUCAAAGUCCUAAAAUUUUAAGACCCAAACCCCAUGGUUUAGAGCGAACUGAUUCACAAACCAUAGGUGACUUUGCUACAAGAAGAAAGGCCAAGCCAGCACCUUUAGAAAUAAAACCAUUGCCAGAAUGGGAAGAAUUACAGGCCCCGGUUAGAUCUCCCAUCACCAGGAGUUUUGCUCGAGACUCCUCCAGGUUCCCCCUGUCUCCCCGGCCAGAUUCAGUGCACAGCACGACAUCCAGCAGCGACUCGCACGACAGCGAAGAGAAUUAUGUUCCCAUGAACCCAAACCUGUCCAGUGAAGACUCAAAUCUCUUCGGCAGUAAUAGUCUUGAUGGAGGAAGCAGCCCAAUGAUCAAACCCAAAGGAGACAAACAAGUGGAAUACUUAGAUCUAGAUUUAGAUACUGGGAAGUCCACACCACCACGUAAGCAAAAGAGCAGCGGCUCAGGCAGCAGUGUAGCUGACGAGAGAGUGGACUAUGUCGUGGUUGACCAACAGAAGACCCUGGCUCUGAAGAGCACCCGGGAAGCCUGGACGGAUGGGAGGCAGUCCACAGAGUCUGAAACACCAGCCAAGAAUGUGAAGUAAAAACGCCACUUUGCUGUCUCUGAACAAAAGAGGACUGAAUGGUAAAGAGAAAACCCUAUUUGAUGGAAAAGGACUUGACUCUUUGACUCUAGGUAGAGUUGAAGUCAAAGGACCUUUCAGACUGAGUCAAGCAGUUGAGACUGUCAUUGGUGCUUUCUGGUAGCUGAACAACUCAUCACAUGUACAUAAUGUGGGAAAAUAGUAUUGUUGGGUUCCCGGAGAAGCAUUUGUCCCAUAGUUAACACACUUUCUUAGUAUUACUGUAUUUAUGCACUUUUUCAUUUAAAACAUUGGUUUGGGUCUUCCCCCAUGGAUCGUAACAUGGUUCCUUUGGGAGUUCUUAUUCUUCCUCACACUGCUCUAAGAACGAUGCUGAGUGAACUAAGCUACUUUUAGUUUGGGAAACUGCUCUUUAAAAUGCAGGAACACCAUGGAAAGGAGAAGUCCAGUCACAGCCUGCCUUUCUACCCGAACCAUCACAUGGUAACCUGUUAGCUUAAAACUCCAGAAUAGGGUUGGACUCAUCAUUCAUUGCUUUCCGAAAUGCUCAGCUUCAUCAGUUCUCAGUUCUCUGGUAUCAGGACUCAGUUCUCUGGUUCGUGUAUAUUUAGUUUUCAGUGGUGGAACUUUAUUAUAUUUUGUUAAUUACAGUGUUUUUGGUUCAUUGAGUGAAGAUUUUGCCAGGUGGGAUCUUAUACCUUGGAAAGAGUAAAUAAUUACACUACCAAGUAAGUGUACAAAUCACUGACGGUGUGCUCUGUGGUGAUGAUGUGCUCUCAACACUCGUUAACACGUAUUAAACUGUUUUGGCCAAGUGUAGGUUAUAUAACUAAUCAGGUACGUACCAAGCACUGGUGUGCUGAUAACACUGAUUGGGUUUAGACAAGGAGCUUUAGUUCUGUUCUUGCUGGUCCUUUAACAUGGGUUUCCGGUUUGGAAUUGAUGACACAUGGCAUUUGCUGUUAGUUUUAGCAACAUACUGUGAUUUUUAGACAGUCAUUCAGAUGUAUUACUUUAAGAAUGAAAUUCUAUCUUUUAACACCAUAGUGCCCUAUGAUUUUUUUUAAAACUUAAUAUUCUUCUUGGCCUUAUCCUAUUUAAAUCCCUAUGCAAUUAAUGUUUUAUAUCUGCAUUUUUUUAAAAAAAUAGAUGUCUCAUAAAUGAUUCUCAUAUGUAGCACCUAUUGCUUUUCCAGUAAAAGAAUGAUUUUGUACUGUGAUUUAUAUUCACUGCCCCAAAUACCAUAAAUAUUGGAGCCUUGCUAUAAUGUGAAAUAUUAUAGUCAUGGACCUCUUCCAACCAGAUUUCUGAAACCAUGGAAGCUAUCGUAUAAUUCUGUCUCACCUGUAACAUGGUCCUGUGACAAGGCUGUCAAGACCACAAAUGAUAUAUAGUGAGGCUACAGUUAUAUUUAUCUGUCUUGGCUUUACAAUGUAAUGUAGAAAGCAGGUAUAGUUGUUGGCUUGUUUGUUUGUUUUUUUUUAACUAAGUUACAUACAAUCUCUUAUGUAUUGAUUUGGAGACAUACUAACAGUUUUUGGAGGGGGCACAGAGAUAGGAGAGCCCACAGCUGAGGCCUGUCCCCCUCCAUUCAGACCUCUUACUGUUGCCUGAAUACACAGAUGUGCCCAGUUUCCGGCCCCCUGGCCACUGUACUGUGCCUAAUCCAUGUAAUGAGUUUAUGUCCCCUCCAUGAACUAAAAGUGUUCAUAACAAGAUCAACUGUAGACGAGUCACAUUUGAUGCUUUUAAAUGUUUGCUUCUUUUCAAACAAAAACUAAAACGCAGAACUGAAUUUUGAGGUGGAUUUUUAAAUAAAAAUGAUUGUUCGA